AUUUAUCGCCGGCAUAUCGAUAACAGCGAAAGCUGCUGGCGAUAAAUACAUUUGCGUAAGAGCAACGACUGGGAAAAUAAAUAAAUAUAGAUAAAUGUGCUUAAGCCACUGAAGAUGCACACGGAUUUGGCCUCUCAUUUGCACACACCAGCCUGCAAUAUACUAAUUGAGCAACUCAAAGCCUGUCACGAAAAUAACGCCUUUGCCAAAUUUAUCGGCGUUUGCAAUACGAUUGACGAUCAGGUGGUGAAGUGCCUGAAAUCAGAAAGAGUUGCUCGAUCCGCUGCAAAUCGCGCCAGGGCCCGAGAGAAUCAGGCCAAGUACAAGGAGAGACUGCUGCGUGGUGAACAGGCCAACUAAGGAGCCAUGUAUGCACAGGCGGAGGAGGAUCCCUUUGCACCCUUCUACUUUCAGCAGGAGAAGCAGGAGAUUUGUGGCCAGCUUGUGAGCCCCAUCACCGAUUGCUACGAAGAGAAAUAUCCCAGUGUGGUGGAUCGCUUUUUUACCCGCUACUACUAUAUCAAAUCGGAUGCUGCUUACCAGGUGCUCUACCACUCCAAUCGCAUUUGCCUCAUCUGUUUAGCGUCGACACAUCCGGCUUAUGGCGAAGGAAUUGCCUCAGUUAGUUAUGAUGUGGGAAAUGUGGAUCGCAGCCAGAAUGUGGUCAAGGGUAAGGCUAAAAAGGGCGGCAUGAUUUUGCAGGCGGACACAACGCUGGCGUUGUUAACAACCGAAACGGGCAAAGUGUACAAAAUUCCCAGUUGCAUACGGGGAAAGUUGGUGGAAGUGAACACUUCUCUCGUUGCGGAUGCCAAACAACUGGAAACGGUUCCUGAGGGUGCGGGAUACUUUGCCAUUUUGUUGCCCAAAAUCGAGAAUUGUGAUGAUAUCAAGGCCAGUCUACUAACACAGCAACAAUAUGAGGAGCAUUUGAGCAAAAUUGAAGUGCCAGCAACAUGAUUAAAUCAAACAAUUAUUAAUUAUAAGUAACAAUUUAUAAUAAAUAACUCAAAACAAGAAUAAAAUUAGCGCGGUUCACAAGAA